CUGAAGCUGUCGACGUGCGACAUGUUUCAAGGCUCCGAGUAUGAUAUUGUCAUCCUCUCCUUGGUGCGGGCCGCGAAUGGGGGUGACAUUGGCUUCCUUCGUGAGGCCCAGCGGGUCAACCUGGCUUUUUCUCGCGCCAGGCUCGGCCUCUAUGUCUUCGGGGAUCUGCGAGUGGUUGAUCGCGCGUCUUGCGUGUGGUUGAUUGCCCUAAACAAGGACAGCGUGUGGUCCUACAACCAACCCGUCUCAAACGCGAAUCAAGGCACCCGCACCGUCUCCCACGCCGAUCGCUUUCUCAGGAUGGAACCCAAAACCGUGGAAAACAGUCUGAAAGAUCAAGGCACCCGCUCCGCCAACACCACCCGCACUCAACCC